UCAGGUGCGCGUGCGCCGCGACCCCUCCCGCCACCGGGACUGGGUCUUCCCGGGCUCGGCAGCUGGUGUCGAUUAUCUCUGCGCUUUUCGGCGGCCUGGCACGCCAGCGCCCUUCGGCUCCCGCCCGGCCCUCUCCCGGUCAGCCCGGCGGCGGGGCCAUGGCGUGGCGGCGGCGGCGGCGGCCCGAGGCCCGCAGCGGGGCCCGCGGCGCGCUGGCGCUGCUAGCGCUGGCCCUGUGUGCGCCCGGGGCCCGGGGCCGGGCGCUCGAGUGGUACUCGGCCGUGGUGAGCACCGAGUACGUGGACCCGCAGACCAACCGGAGCGUGCGGAGCGUCUCGGAGAGCGGCCGCUUCGGCGAGAGCUCACCCAAGGAGGGCGCGCGGGGCCUGGUGGGCGUCCCGCGCGCCGAGGACCGCGACCCCGAGGGCUGCGCGCCCCGCACGCGCUUCCUCGUGCCCGGCGGCCGGGGAGCCGCGCCCUGGGUCGCGCUGGUGGCGCGCGGGGGCUGCACCUUCAAGGACAAGGUGUUGGCGGCGGCUCGGCGGAACGCCUCGGCCGUGGUCCUGUACAACGAGGAGCGCCACGGGAACCUCACCGCGCCUAUGUCCCACGCGGGAACAGGAAGUAUAGUAGUCAUUAUGGUUAGCUACCCCAAAGGAAGAGAAAUUGUGGAUCUGGUGCAGAAAGACAUUCCGGUCACAAUGACCAUAGGGCUCGGCACCCGGCACGUACAGGAGUUCAUCAGCGGUCAGUCCGUGGUGUUUGUGGCCAUCGCCUUCAUCACCAUGAUGAUUAUCUCAUUAGCCUGGCUAAUAUUUUACUAUAUACAGCGCUUCCUAUACACUGGCUCACAGUUUGGAAGUCAGAGCCAUAGAAAAGAAACAAAGAAACUUAUUGGGCAGCUUCCUCUUCAUACUGUAAAGCAUGGAGAAAAGGGAAUUGAUGUUGAUGCUGAAAGUUGUCCAGUGUGUAUUGAAAAUUUUAAAGGAAAGGAUGUUAUCAGAAUCCUGCCAUGCAAGCAUAUUUUUCAUAGAAUAUGCAUUGACCCAUGGCUUUUGGAUCACCGAACGUGUCCAAUGUGUAAACUUGAUGUCAUCAAAGCCCUGGGAUAUUGGGGAGAGCUUGAGGACGUGCAGGAGACGCCUGCCCCAGAAUCGCCCCCCGGGGGCGUUUCGACUGCAGAUCUGAGUCUUACUUUACCAGAUGGUGACAGAAGUGACGCGGGCAGCUCAGCACUGCCCACCACCAGCGACUCCGCGCCACCUUGCGAGGCCAGUUUUAAAGAGGAUGCAGGUGAAAACACGGCCUUGCUGGAGACAAGCAGGAGUGACCCUCAGCGUGAAGGACCCGUCUCCUAGCAUAUAACCUGCCGGCGGUGUCACGGACAGAGCUUGGGCUUGAAUGAAAGGACAUUUUAUUUUUUUUACUUUAGCACAUAGUUUGUAUAUGUGAAAAUAAUGUACAUUCUUUUACCUUUCAGGUUCUGAUUUGAUAUACAAAGGGCUAAGAUACUUUAUUCUUAAAGAGAAUUUUUGAUUAGUCUUCAUAUAUUUAUCUACUAAAAUGUACCAUAAGAUUCUUUCUUCUCAAGGAUGGUUCUAGACUAAGCACAUUGAAUUCAGACUAGUUAAAAUGGAGUUGUGUGAUUAUAUUCAGUAGUUGAUCACAUGAGUUUUCCUGGAGGAAAAACUUUAGAACAUGAAACUUGUAAAUGUGAUGAGAGAAAUCUAUCGCUUCCUUGCACCUCUGUACUAUAGAGAGAUUUCCAAACCUCAGAGCACUUUCAUUGUUUUUUAUUUGGAGUUAUGGGAAAAGCACUGGUUGACUUUAGGAUUUGCAUUUCUCCCUCUCGUUACCUAAUUUCUAACAACCUUGAUGGGGAGGAAAGUUUUGUCCAUUUUUUUCUAUACAAAUAAAAAAAGCUACGAUUCCGUAUUGCGCACGAGCAUGAAGUUCUUCAUUGCUUGUUAAAGAAAUGGAGUAGACAGACUCUGAUGGACUCUGAUAUGGCGUUUUUGGGGGUAAAUGGUGAAUAUACCGAUUCCAACUGCAGUUUAAUCUCUACAAUUAUAAAGCGUGGUAGAUGGGGACUUUCCAUUGCUGUUGUAACAAAAUAAACAAGUAACCGGUUUCCUUGAUUAAUUUUAAGGCAGACUUAAUGGCGGUGACCUUGUUUAAUCAUCUCUUCUCUCUACUCUUGUUUGCUGUUCUUCCUUGGCAGUGGAGGUGGAGGGAGUGGGCUGUUCAAGCUUUCGGGGGCUGCUUUCUAAAUUGAUAAAGCGAUUAAACAGACACACACACUGUCCUCACUUCUUAGAGGUGGAAGUCAAGGAUGAGGAAGAGAUUUUUUUAGAACUUGAAAUUGUAGCCCUUUUUCGUUUCCAAACUAGUUACUGUGUGGAUCUGUGUGGGUAAAAAUACAUGUUUAUUAAGAAUAUAAAUUUAAAUAAUUUAUUUUUAUAGCUGUUUCUAAGAUGUACAGUUCAUAUAGCUUAUUUUUUUCAAACUAUUUACUACACUUUGAUUCCAGCCACUCAGUGAAAUACUAGGUGAGUAAACAGUGGAAGUAAACUGAGGCCAGUUUCCAUGUGAGGAGCUAUUGGAAUAGAAGUUGUCUUACUUUGAGCUCUCAUUUCAACAGACAGCCUCAGUAGGUUUCCAUAAUAGCAAUUAUCUUUGAAAUCCGCCUUCUGUGGUGCAUUGUGGAUAGGAAAACAUGUCCUUGAUUUUAUACUGAGUAGACUGUUUGCUCUUUGUAUUUUAACACACACAGUAGGGAAAGAUGCUUUAAUUCUUCCCAGUAGCCAAUGAAGCUGACUUUUAAAAAGAAUACUGUGACAGAUCAAGGUAAAUUGUUUUUGAUGAUUAUGGAAGUGUGAGUUCUUAAUCAGUGGCUGUCAGCUAGAGCUUUCCUUAAUUCAGAAGUUUGAACCCUAAGUUAUAAAUAGAAGAGAUUGGAAAAAUUAUAGUGCUCUUAUUUCUAGAAACACAAGUCUUUAACAGCAGAUAAAGAAAUUAGCAAGAGAAGACAAAACUUCAGUACUUCGAAAGGAAAAUGUUUCCUUUGAUACGCUUUUCUUAGGUGGAAAUAAACAUGAUAAAGGGUCAAAUAUUACUAGAAUUUUUGCUGAAAUAGAAACUUGAUAAAAUGCUGGGAAUCUGGGGAAUGUCAAUGAAGAAAGAUUAGUAAAUGAGAGAUGUAGUUAAGGUUAUAUUAUUUAUGGCAGUAAUCAAUUUCCUUCUGACAGUUGUCAUGAAGACCAUUUCUUCACAAAUAAUGUAGAGACAGUAUUUUUUCUUUUUAACUGAGAGCCUCAGGCAGCCUGUGGAGGAGGGCAGUGUACCCAUGGAUGUGAACACCCCGCAGGCUAUUGCCUGCCAUGCUGCUUCCGGGCUUCCCAUCAGAAAGCCACGACGCCCAGAGGGGAGGCGCACACACAGCACCUGGAGCAGGUAAUUUGAAGAUACUAAAGCUACAACAGAUUGGAACUAAAAGUCCAGAGAAUUCAAGGUGUGGUUUUUAAAAAACAUGACAGUUAAACUGAACUCGUCUGAUGACACUUAAAAGUUGACUGCAGUUUAUUGAAUCCCAGGAUUAUUGUUUCUUUUAUUUCAGGUAAACUUUCUUCUACUUUUAAAUGUUUAAUGAAGAACUUUUUUGCUGGUGGUGUAACUGUAUCUUGACUGUUUUUUUUUUUAAUGUUCUCUAAAUAUAAUUACUAUUCUUUGUAAGCUAUUUAUUUAAAAUAAAUUUGAAAACCUUUCCUCUGUCAAGUAAACACCAGUACUGUAAUCUGGAAACGAUGCACAGUGGUCUGUCUUUAGUCUCAGGCCAUGUCUGCAGAUGUGCCCACAGAAGCACACUUGCAGCUCCAAACCAGUGUGUGUAGCACAUCUGCGGUGGCUCGUGGACACCCCGGGGGCAGUGACCCUGCUGAGCUGCUGGCACGCGCCCUACCAGGUGAGGCUGGAUGGAAGGAUGCUGUCUUCUAGUUUCAGCUCAGACUGUCAGCAGGUGUCCUUUUGUGCUCUAUGUAGUCCCACAUGUCCGAAAUGUUGUGCUUCUCGUUGGUGAUUUCAGUUUGGAAUGGACCCCAGGCACAGUGUUGUCGCCCUGGCUGCUGCUCCUGAGCGCUGGUGAGGUACCUCACUGAGAAGACUCGCGUUAGGCAGCGACGUGCGUGCGUCCCGGGGCUGCCAGCCAGGAGGCUCAGCGUGACCAGGAAUCGGCAGGGCCUGGAGCCUGAGGUUGGGAGGCUUGCGGCGAGGCGCGGUCGACACUUCACCAUUCCAGAGAGUAUGUGAAUAAUGAACUGUUUCUUUGCCCAGUGGUAACAUGCAAAACGGUGAUGCCAGCCAUUAGGUGUUGAGAGAAGUCAACUGUUGCCAUCAUUUAGAUGUCUGAAGGUGCACCUGUUAUAUCAGUUUGGGUCCUUAUUUCCUUGAAGCAAGUAUAUUUAUAAAUCACUGCCCUUCGCAAGAAUAACGAAGCUAAAAUUUCUCAUAAAUCUAAGAGUACUGUUUUGCCAAUAUUACAAGGUGGGAAUCUGUACUCAUCUUAAAACCCCUCGGCUUGGUAUCCUUUAACUUUUGCUAAGGGUUGGAUUGGGAGGUGAUUCCUGUUCCUAUGAAGAAUACGCUUUGAAAGUACCUCAGCAGAUGGGGAAUUUUUCAUGAUGUCUUUGAGUGAAAAAUACAUCAGAUAAUAGAGUUCAUAGAAAACUUUAAUGUAAGGCACUGCUGUCCAGAGUUAAAUGAGGGGUUAAACAGCCCACAGGACGCCACGGGGAGGGCACAAAGCCCACUCGGUGAGCAGCCGUGCAGCACGGCCCCCGGUGCCGUCCUUCCUCCUGAAGUACCGACGCUCUUUUAGACUGUUAACAGGAGAGAAGGCCCAGAAAACUACCAGCUCUUAUAGUCUCGGAAAAGGUUUCUAAGAAUUCCCACGUCUGUAGGCAGCCCGCUGUUGUCUCUUAGGUCCCCAUGACAAGAAAGGAUAAGGUACACGGGUGUCCGAGGCUCACACUGCACCCAGUGAGAAGUUCAAGGGUCAGAAUACCGUCAUGUGAUGAUGACUCAAGACCUCAGGGGCAGUAAGGCAGGUUCUUGAGAGUGUCUUCAAUUUACUCUCACUAAACACUUUCAACGUUGGAACCUCAGGAAAACGGUAUUCUUGCCUUAUCUGAAGCCCGUGACUUACAUCUUAAGCAAAAACAGGCACCUUGCUUUUCAGCUGAAGACCUCAUCUACUGUGUGCAGUGACUUCGUUUGGGAUGACAGCCCCAAUGGAUAAUCAUCAGCGAGACACCUACAAGACACAUUCGUCCAAGUUCUUACCAAAAAUUCAUCUAAAGAAAAAGUCAUCCAGGAAAGCAAAACUUUGCUUUAAGUGGAUAAACUGGUGUUUAUACGCAUUAAAGCCAAGCAAUCACUCAGGGUCUGAACACUUUUAAAAAUGAAAAGCACAGCAUAGCUGAACGAUGAACAGGUGGUCCCGACGAGCUAUCACUUGGACAUCUUGGUCUCAGAAGGUGUCUCCCCAGUGUCCAAGGUCUUCAACAACCGGAAGAGGCCUGCAGCUUCUCGUAUCCUGCUGAACUCAAUACAGAAGGCCUGCACUUCUAUAAACAAGUCCUGCACGUUGAUGAUUUUGUUACGGAUCAAGGACUGGAGAAAGACACACACGAGACGCACCAGACGAUUCUGAAAAAGAAACUAAUUUUAGUGUGCGUUUUCUGGGCAGGUAUUUAUAAAAUUUAGAAAAAUUUCUCUUACUUACCUGCAUAUAUUUAUCUUUAAUUUGUUCACAGGUAGAAAUGCAAUUUGAUAUAUAAAGGUGAAUAAAUUCAGGAGGUAGAUCAACAGCUGUAGUUAGUCUGUUUCAUAAAGUUAGAAAGGGCUGUUAAUUUUAUUUGCUAAUAACAUUUUAAAACACCGUUCACCAUAAAAUCUAAAAUUUCCUUUGGUCAUUUAGUGAAAAAUUCUGAUAUAUAAUCUAGUUACCUAGUUUUAAAGAAGUUUAUGCAAGUAAACCUCGGAGCCCCCCCCCACUGCCGCUAAUAAGUGACACUUCCUUUGCUCAGGUCUACACUUAGCAUUACACGUGCAAUACACAUUGAGCACCAUGUCCCUGUGUGUUCCUGGCUGAAUCAGAAUUCAUAGUUAUCGUCCAGGCUCUAACAACCCGGGCAGUUAUUCUGUCCACGUAAGUACCGCUUACUAACCUGAUUGCAGACAAGUGCUGUGCAAGGAGCGCAUGUGAAGAAAGGCGUGGUAGUAGCUGAACAGCACAGUGUAUAACUAAGCGCUAACACGCGGCGCUUGCACAAAGCGAUGUAAGUGAAAGGCUCGGGAAAAGUCAGCAGAGCAAACGACAAAUGGAGACCCAAGGAGAGAAGUGGUGUCCUUCCAGCUAAGUGGAUAAUCUGAGUGAACUGUGGAAUCGGGGACGGGCGUGGCACACUCAGGAGCUGGUGGGAAAGCCCUGGCUGGAAGGUAGCAAAAGGCACCUUGGUCUAGAGCCUUCAAGGGGCGGCUGGUGUUUCCAAAGGAUUCUGUGAAAUGUUUUAAGGUGGGGUGGGGGGAGGCUAAAGUAGGAAUUUCAUGCUCAGAUAAAGGUGUGUGCUAUGCUAACUAUACAGGAUGAAUUUCCAAAAGUUUUCUAAACUUACUUGAUUACGGAACUUUUUUCCACAAGGCUGAGGAGCCCGUGCUCCAAGGGAACACCACCUGUGGGUGAUGCACCAUGAUGGGGGUGGCGCACGCAGAGCAGACCCUGUCCUUGAAAUUACUUCUGCACCACUGAUAAAAAGGUGCGGGUAUUCUCGGACUAAGUGCCUAACGGCUGGUUUAGACAGUAAGCGGGCACUUAGAGCAUGGUCGGCCCAGAGGCCCCGAGCAGGAGGCAGCCCCCAAAGAGGAGUGAGUCUCAGUAACAGGGAACGGCCGAAGGCCUGGAGGAGAGCGCAGAAAUGAAGCCGCAGGUCAGCAAGCGGCCAGCUGGUUUUGCCGGCACAGAAAGUUAAAGGUGACUACCUCGUGCUUCCCUCCCACAAAUCUGCGCGCUCCUACACACACGCUUGGGAUCCCUCGGCUUCCAGCCAGGCUUUUCCCACCAGCUGAUUAUAACUUCAUUGUGGUUUUUUUUGUUUUGGGGGGGUUUUUUGGCUACACCAUGUGGUUUGCAAGAUCUUAGUCCCCCCACCAGGGAUGGAACCUGGGCCCUUGGCAGUAAAAGUGCAGAGUCCAGCUUUAAGUAGGUUAAAAAACAAUUAAUCCCCAACUUACAAACGAGUGAGUGUUCAACUGAAGUGCAGUUGCGUAGCACUCAGAAUGGACCGCCCCAUGAGCAGAAAAACUAUAUAAUUUAGCCCCCGGAACAAGACACCACAUGGAGCAGAGCUGAGGAUGAGAAGCCUAAACUGGGACCACAUCAGGCAAGCCUGCACAUAUGGCUACACUACCCACAGACAGCUUAAUAAACAGUAGGCUCCCAAGCUAACCCCCCAAGCCUAUGGAAUUUGUAAUUUACCUAAGACAUUUGUAAGCAGAAUAACAAAGUGAGAAACCACUACUCAGAGCACACAGAGAAGGGAAUGUAUUGUUUCCCUGACAGUUGGUGACAACGGAGCAAGGAGGCCAAAUCAAAGAAAGGUUCAGAGAACAGUGCGAGGAACGACGAAUUCUAAGAAGGCAUUCCCAGAAUUUCCUCAGCUCCCAGACCCAUGCUGAUAACAGCUGUUAGUCUCUAACGAGAAAUAAUGCAGUAUCUGUAAUUUGUGUAAAGAAUAUACAACCAUACAUAGGAGAUAAAUCUUAGCGACUAAGUUUCACUGAUGCUGCUACUAGUGCGAAAUACUUGGAAUACUCUCCGAGCUCACAUGCAGUCAACACUAAGGCUCAGGUUAUUUAUUUAAUGGGUUUUCUCAGACUAACAGUGUAUCGGGGGGAAAAAACCUUGCUGCUUUUUCCCUUCUAAUCAUUUAAUCCGGAUCUAUAUACACACCCCUGUCCGCAUUUGAUCGCGCAUAGAAACUUACCGGUUUACAACUUCCAUUGAAUGUAAUGACAUGUCCAUAUUGACCAGAACCGAAAAAUACUCAGUGAUCUGGCUUGACUGCAUUAACUUCAGCAACAUUUCUAUAGCGACUAGAGGGUUGUUUUCCACUAGGUCAGGAAGCUUGGCUGGAGUGAGGCCAAUAUGAUAAACAAGUUUGGGGUCCUUUUCCAACUCUCCAAGGAGCUAAAUAUAAUCAAAUUUUUAGAAAGAGAAAAACAGAGGUUCCUGAGUCAAAUGAGGAAUUGUCUUUCCUGCAUGCGUACAAAAAAACAAAGUAUUUUUAUAAAGAAAAGUUAUAAAAUUAUCUGCACUGAACCAACUUUAUAAAUGUCUUCCUUCAAAUCCAUGAUCAUCAUUCUUUGAUAUUUUAAACUUUACAUUUUAAAUGUCAGAUACUAAAACCAGGCACCUUCACAACAGUUUAUAAACGACACUAAUGCAUCCCGGGCAUUAAACCAGAAUCAGUAUUGUUUGAAUACUGUGUGGAUUUUAACAAUAUCAUCCUUAAGUCCUUUGUAGGUUUUUUUUUUUCCAUGUCAUUUGUUAAAAAUAAUUUUACCGACUAGUUCUCCGGAAAAGCACAGAUCACAGAGAUCAUCGGGGAACAUCAGGAACCAAAGCCCCACCCAGCGCCGAGGGGAACAGAUGC